UUUUAUUUUUUUAAGUGAACAUUUGUACACACUAGGAGCUGUUUUGCUUGUAAAGCUCGUUAAGAAGUUGUUAAAAACAAAGAAAUAUAGUUGGCGUACAUCGGUUGGAUGGAGAAGAUGAACGGAAGUACGAACCCGUUGCUGGACAAAGAAGAACAUGUUUUGAAGCUCGGGGAAAGCUUUGAGAAAACACCAAAGUCCUCCUUUCACACCAUCAGAUAUGAUUUCAAACCGGCGUCCAUCGACACGAGCUGUGAAGGAGAGCUACACGUGGGCAAAGGAGACGAAGUCACUAUCACAUUGCCCCACAUUCCGGGCUCCACGCCGCCCAUGACGGUGUUCAAAGGGAACAAGCGACAGUACCAGAAGGACUGCGUGCUCAUCAUCAAUCACGACACGGGCAGCUUCGUCCUGGAGAAGCUCAGCAGCAGCAUCCAGGUCAAGAAAACCAGGGCGGAGGGCAGCAGUAAGAUCCAAGCACGCAUCGAGCAGCAGGCAGUGCGGAGCAACCAGCCGGGACCCCAGUUCCGGGCCCCCACCAAGCCGGGCGUCGCCGCCAAGACGUCGCCCUCCAAGGACAACCCCUCGCCCGAACCGCAGCUGGAUGACAUCAAGAGAGAGCUGCGUGCCGAAGUGGACGUGAUCGAGCAGAUGAGCAGCAGCGGAAGCAGCGGCUCAGAUAGCGCGUCGCCCAGCGCGGGCGACAGCAGCGACGACGGCGGCGCAGGGGGUGCCGGUGAGCGCGACGGCGUCCGCCCGCCGGGACCCGUCUCCACUCCGCCCCCCGGCCGCCACGCCCUCGCCAACGGGGGUGCCGAGCGGCAGCCGCCCGCCAACCACCAGCUCAUCAACACGCUCAGAAGUGAUCUUCAGCUCAGCGAGUCGGGCAGCGACAGCGACGACCACUGAUCCGGUCAGCCGCCGACGGAUGAACCGCACCCACCGACGCUGGCCUAACUGUACCUUUUUGUUGUUGUUGUUAGUUUUAUGGGUUCCCCACGCACAGGGGAAGAUGAAGAGUGUAUUUUUUUCCCAAAUGAUGUCACAUAUUUAAUUUUGUACAAGAGAAAAGACUUUAUUGAUGGAAAAUUCUAUACCAGAGUGUGAUUUAUUUUCGAUACUUUUGUUCUUUUGUUUUUGAGCUACAUCCUAGUCCUUUUAACAAAAAUAAACUUUAGAGAUGGACAAUAAGGUUUACGGUAAUGUAAUGUUUAAGGACACCAGUCCAAACAUGUUAUCCACCGUGUUUACGAAGAAAACAUUUUUUUUUUUUUUUUUAAAUUGAUAAGAUUUUUCCUACUCGAGUCACAAACCAAGUCAGAACUAUGUGAAAAAGCAAUCAAACCAUGUCAAAUACUGUCACGGAAAAUAAACUAGCAAAGUGUAAAAAAUUAUUAUUUUUUUUGUUUUUAAAAAGACCAGCCAUGAGACAAAACAGGGUUUAUUUUAAGUCAGUGACAUUAUCAAUUAGUGUUUUAAAUGGAUUUUGACAUCUAUAAAAAAUUAUAUUCAAGAAUCUUGCCCUCAGGAGACUAUUAGCUACAAAACGGUCAGUGACAUGAUAAAAUUAGCAGUUUAAAGGGAAUUUGAAGUCAUUGUCAUUAUAUAUAUAUAUAUAUAUAUACACACACACACACACACACACCUGAUUUUUAGCCUCAGGAAAGACUGUUAGCGACAAAAACAUUCAAUUUAAAACCAAUUAGUCUUUGAAAGUAAAUUUUCACAAUUUUAAAGUAAAAAUGACAUACAUGAGCUAGUCAGACAUUUGCAGCCCCAGAAGGCACAGCUGCAAAAAGGUUCAUUUGAAUCCCAGUCAGUCGCAUGAUUAAAUGAGAUCAACUGGUUGUUUAAAAAAAAAAUGAUCUGAUUGUCAUGCUGACAAGAGCAGUUGCGUUACUGCUUUUUCGGGGUCCUGUUUCUUGUUAUGAGUUGUGCGUUUGGACUCUUAUAAAGUAUUUUUGGUAUUUCUAUUUUGGUGGUGAUUUUGUAUGAAUUUGGUAUUUCUAUUUUGGUGGUGAUUUUGUAUGAAAUUGCAGCAGAGAGGAUCCCAGUGUUGCCACUUCAGCUCUGCAGCUUCUUGGUGUUGUACAUAAGUCUGUGUUCAAAUAAAAUGUGCGGAAAGAG